CUGCCAGGCCGUCUCUUGACGUCAUCUUCGUCGUCACCGUGUACUGGGAGAGAGAACUGAGCGGCGGGCAGAGUGAAAAGCCUGGACUUUGUUGUUAUUGUUGUCUCAGCACCGCUUCUCCCUGGCCGGGAAGCAAGGGACAAGUCUGCGCGGCCAGAAUGUAUGUGCAAAAUGCGACAGAUCAACUGCAGCUUAGUUGACACCUGAAUAGGAAAUCUGAAAAUGGAUAAAUGUAAACAUGUUGGCCGCUUGCGUCUUGCCCAAGAUCAUUCAAUUUUGAACCCUCAGAAGUGGCACUGUGUGGAUUGCAACACUACAGAAUCAGUGUGGGCUUGCCUAAGCUGUUCACAUGUUGCAUGUGGUCGAUACAUUGAAGAGCAUGCACUGCGUCACUUUCAGGACAGUAAGCAUCCUUUGGCUUUGGAGGUUAAUGAACUUUAUGUUUUUUGUUACCUCUGUGAUGAUUAUGUUCUCAAUGACAACACCACUGGUGACCUUAAACUUUUACGAAGCACAUUAAGUGCCAUCAAAAGUCAGAAUUAUGACUGUACAACACGUAGUGGUCGGACUUUGCGUUCUAUGGUAACUGCAGAUGAUUCAUUCAUUUCACAUGAAGGUGCACAAGCCUUUCUUCAGAAUGAAGACCGUGCAUUCACUGCAUUGUGGCAUCGGAGGCAUGCUCUCUUAGGGAAGGUUUUUAGGUCGUGGUUUGCGUUGACUCCAAAAGGCAAGCAAAGGUUAGAAGAGGAACGCUUGAGGGAAGAGGCAGAGCAGAAGAGGGAGGAAGCGAGAAAAAAGCGGCAGCAGUUGAAGCGCAAAUUAAAGGAAGAAAUGGAAAGCACUUCCCCUAGAAAAAGUUCACGUUUGCAACAUCAAAUACAGCCUUCAUCCAAAACUGAAUUGCCCUCUGUGCAAAAAAUUAACCAAAAAAACUCUCCUACCACAAAACAAAAAACACCAGCACCUACCUCUGAUAAAGCAUGCUUCAAGAAAAUCGGUAAUUCUCCAAUAAAAAGGAAGCCCACUGUGACCCCCGGAGUAACAGGACUGAGGAAUCUGGGGAACACCUGCUAUAUGAACUCAAUACUUCAGAUACUGAGUCAUUUGCACGUUUUCCGGGAGUGUUUUUUACAACUUGAUCUCAAUCAAACUCAGGAGUUGUUGGCAGCUGCUGGCAGUGGAAAAACAAGGUUGUCCAGCAAAUACCCACCUGGUGCUGAGCUACCAAGAGUAACACAAAAGCACACUAAAGUUCAAAGAUCACUGGCAAGGCGUCAGAGCUUCUCCUUGGGACUUAGUGGUGGGGCUUCAAAUAGUAGAAACAUGGAACUUAUUCAGCCUAAGGAGCCAAGUUCAAAGCACAUAUCUCUAUGCCAUGAAUUGCAUACCCUCUUCCAAGUCAUGUGGUCAGGUAAAUGGGCACUGGUUUCUCCUUUUGCAAUGCUACAUUCAGUGUGGAGGCUUAUACCAGCCUUCCGCGGGUAUGCACAGCAAGAUGCUCAGGAAUUCCUCUGUGAACUAUUAGAUAAAGUACAACAAGAAUUGGAGACAACUGGCACUAGAUACCCAGCCCUAAUUCCUACUUCUCAAAGAAAACUCAUCAAACAGGUCCUGAAUGUCGUCAACAACAUUUUUCAUGGGCAACUACUUAGUCAGGUUACUUGUCUCGUCUGUGAUCACAAGUCAAAUACCAUCGAGCCAUUUUGGGACCUGUCCCUUGAGUUUCCCGAGAGGUAUCACUUCAAUGGCAAAGAGACUGCUUCCCAACGGCCUUGUCUGCUGACAGAAAUGCUGGCCAAAUUCACAGAGACUGAAGCCUUAGAAGGGAAGAUCUACGCUUGUGAUCAGUGCAACAAAGCACAGAAGCAGCUGAUGGUGUGUCGCUUACCUCAGGUCCUGAGACUCCACCUCAAGAGAUUCAGGUGGUCUGGCCGCAAUCAUCGAGAAAAAAUCGGAGUGCAUGUUCGAUUUGACCAGAUGCUGAACAUGGAGCCUUACUGUUGUAGAGAGUCCACUGCAGCCCUGAGAGCCGACUGCUUCAUUUAUGAUCUGUCCUCUGUGGUGAUGCAUCAUGGGAAAGGCUUUGGUUCUGGCCAUUACACUGCCUUUUGUUACAAUCCGGAAGGAGGUUUCUGGGUACACUGCAAUGACUCCAAGCUGCAUUCAUGUACUGUGGAAGAGGUGUGCAAGGCACAAGCAUACAUCUUAUUUUACACCCAGCGAGUUACUCAGGAGAAUGGACAUUUGUCAGACACUCUUCCUGUCCAUGGCAGUCCGCAAUCCCCACCCCAUUGAGACACUCUUUAAUGGCAGGAAAAUCCCUGACCUUCUGGCAGCUUUUAAGUCUCUCUAUUCCAUAAGGGUAUGUGUAUAUACACUGCUAUAUGUUCUGGGCAUUGGGUCUGGCACGUGAAGUUUCCGCUGCAAUCUGCUGUCUGGACUGCGAAUGGAGUGUCAGCAUCGGAAUUAGCAGACUUGGCAUAGUAGUAGCAAGACUUGAGUAAUAAAGUGUGUCUUAUUCAUGUACAAUAUGUUUAUACAGUUUUGUAUUGAAUCAAGCACUCAAAAUAGAAUAAAAUGAUUUUAACAUUUUGUAUAUUGGCAAUGGA